CCUCGCCCCAUUGUCCUUAGACAAAGCGGUCGCCGCCCCCCUCCCGGCCCCCGGGUCUUCGUCCCUCCUCCUCGGCUCCCACCUCCCUCCUUCCAAGUCUCGGGAUCCUCCUCUCUCUCCUCCUCUUCCUCCCUCCCGACGCCGGGCUGCUCCGCAUCUCCACCCGGGACCCCCGAGGCGUUGUGCCCCGUCCUUACCUUGAAGGGCCAUGACCACCAUUCCAGACUGGAAGCUACAGCUGCUAGCCCGGCGCAGGCAGGAAGAGGCAGCGGUUCGCGGGCGAGAAAAGGCUGAGCGGGAUCGCCUGUCCCAGAUGCCAGCCUGGAAGCGGGGACUCCUGGAGCGCCGCAGGGCCAAGUUGGGCCUGCCUUCUGGAGAGCCGAGCCCUGUGCCUGGAACUGCAGAGGCUGGACCCCCAGACCCAGACGAGCCUGCUGUCCUUCUGGAGGCCAUUGGACCGGUACACCAGAACCGAUUCAUCCGGCAGGAACGACAACAGCAACAGCAGAGGAAUGAGGAGCUGCUUGUGGAGAGAAAGCCUGGGCCUUUGGAGGCCCGUGAGCGGAGAUCCAGCCCUGGGGAUUCCAGAGAUCAGAGUCCCAAGGGAAGAGACCCAAAAGAGGAAAGGCUAAGUCCCAGGGAGGCCAGAGAGAGGAGGCUGGGGGCAGGGGGAGCCCAAGACUCAACUCCCAGGCAUUUGGAGACUCGAGACUGGAGGCAAAGCCCUGGAGAGGCUGGAGACUGGACAUCGAGAUUGUCAGAGGCUCGGAAAUGGAGACUGAGCCCUGGGGAAACUCCAGAGCGGAGUCUGAGACCAGCAGAGCCUGGAGAACAAAGUCCCAGAAGAGAAGUGGUAGAAAGUAGAUUCAGCAGCCCUGAGGAGUUUGGUGGUCAGAAGCUGGGCCUGACAGAGGCCCAUAAGUGGAGGCCGGACUCCAGAGAGUCUGGGGACCAGAGUUCCGGACAGGUGGAGUCAUCUGAGUGGAGACUGAGCUCAAGACAAGAAAGACGAGACUGCUUGGAGGAAUGUGGGAGAAAAGAAGAGAGGCCAAGUCCAGGGAUGGCCCCAGAAGAGUCUGCUGGGCUGUCAGAAACCCAGGCAAGGGACACUCAAGACACCAUCUCCAUAGGAGUGGAGGCCACCAUGCAGAGGCCCAGCCCUGUGGAGGAUGGAGAGAGGGGCUUGAAGCUGACAGAAGGGUGGAAAUGGACCCUGAACUCUGGGAAGGCCCGAGAAUGGACACUCAGGGACAUGGAGAUGCAGACUCAGAAACCCAAUUCUCCAGAGUCUGCAGAGAAGCGCUUGGGACCUUCAGGUGUGGAGGCUGAAGGAGAGGCUGAGAAAGAGGAGGCGGGGGUUCAGAGCUGGCCUCUGAGAGCCCUGCAGAACCACAGCUCCGUUCCUCCCCUCCUCCCACCAGAGGACGCUGGGCCUCGGCAGGAAGAGGAAGAAGCUGAACCCCAACCCCCAUCACCAGCCACUUUCUCUCCCCCAGCCCCAUCUGCCCCCCAGCCCCCUGGGGAUCCCCUCAUGAGCCGCCUGUUCUAUGGGGUGAAAGCAGGGCCGGGGGUGGGGGGCCCCCGCCGCAGUGGACACACCUUCACUGUCAACCCGAGGAGGUCUGCCCCUGCAAACCUAGCACCUCCAGCCACAGCUGAUGCUGCAGCCACCGGGGCUGGGAAGAAACGGUACCCGACUGCCGAGGAAAUCUUGGUUCUGGGGGGCUACCUCCGUCUCAGCCGCAGCUGCCUGGUCAAGGGGUCCCCCGAAAGACACCACAAACAGCUCAAGAUCUCCUUCAGUGAGACAGCCCUGGAGACCACCUACCAAUACCCCUCAGAGAGCUCGGUACUGGAGGAGCUGGGCCCGGAGCCCGAGGCCCCCAGUGCCCUCAGCCCCCCAGCGACCCAGCCCGACGAUGAAGAGGAUGAGGAGGAUCUGCUGCUGCUGCAGCGCGAGCUCCAGGGAGGGCUGCGCACCAAGGCCCUAAUCGUGGAUGAGUCCUGCCGGCGGUGACCAUCCUCCACUGUGGGCACAUAUCUCCCUCUCCUUCCCUCCCUCCCAUAACUGAAGAUCCUGGACGCUGGAUGACUCGGAGUUCACAGACCCUGGAAAUGAGCCUGGCAGGGAAGAGUGACCAACAGCUUCUGCACUUUCCCCAUUCCAUUUCUAGGGACAGAGCCAACUAUCCAAGUUCCAUUCAUGACCCCUGGUGUGGAUGUGGUCAAAUGGGAGGAACAUCUUAGGUGAUCCAAGAUUGAGCACCACAUUCUGGGAGGCGCACAGGACUCAUUUGGGGUGGCGAUAAAGCACCCCCACCUCUAUGACUGGGUACAUCCUCCACAGACUUCCUUGGCUCCCCACCACUCCCUCGGGGACCCUCAGGAUUUAAGCACUUGUCUCCCUGGGAGGGUUAAAUCCCACUCUAUUUACAGACACCAUCCCUCCAUCGCCACUCCUUUGUUUACAACUCCUGCCUCCUCUCCACAGCCUGGUUUACAUGCCUGCCAGCUCCCUACCCCACCUGCCAAAGUCCCAGGUUUAUAAGCCAGGCUGAGUUCAAAUCUCUUUUGUUUGUUUCAUUGGGAGUGUCCUGGGGGGAGAUGCCUCCCUCUACCUUUGCUCAGUAUUACUGUGCCUCAGUUUCCCACAACAGGGAAGGCUGGGAAUCCUAACCCUGUACUCCACGACAGUUAUUUAAUUUUCUCCUUGUUAAUUCACAAUUCACUUGAAUUGCAGUGAUGUGGGAACUAAGGAGGUAUUUUACCUCCCCCAUAUCUCCUUUUUCAGUUGCCUAAUUUGUUUUGUAACUUUCCAUAAUAAAAUGGAGCUCUUUCCAACUCUC